CAACCCUUGUGGCCCUAUAUAGUCAAAACUCAAAAAGCUUAUAAAAUCCCAAAUCAAGUGCUCAAAACGGCCGGCUUGUUGCUUCACAAUAUUUUUGAUAAUAAACUAUAAACAAGAAAUAAAGAUGGGAAGGUCUCCUUGUUGUGAAAAAGCACACACAAACAAAGGUGCAUGGACCAAAGAAGAAGAUGAUCGUCUUAUUGCUUACAUCAGAGCUCAUGGUGAAGGUUGCUGGCGGUCACUCCCCAAAGCCGCCGGCCUCCUCCGCUGCGGCAAAAGCUGCCGCCUCCGGUGGAUCAACUACCUCCGCCCUGAUCUCAAACGUGGCAACUUCUCUGAAGAAGAAGAUGAACUCAUCAUCAAACUCCAUAGCCUCCUUGGCAACAAGUGGUCUUUGAUAGCCGGAAGAUUACCGGGGAGAACAGAUAAUGAGAUAAAGAAUUACUGGAAUACCCACAUCAGAAGAAAGCUUUUAAACAGAGGAAUUGAUCCGGCAACUCACCGGCCACUAACCGGUUCCGACAACCAUCAAAAUAAUAUCACCACCACCACCGCCGCCGCCGGUAACUCCUCACCGGACGUUACCACCACAACCACCAUCUCAUUUGCACCCACCACACCCAUUUCAACCCAUCUUGUUAAACAUGAAGUUGAAGAUAUUAAAAUCAUUAAUAAUAACGAUUCUCUUGAUCACCGGAAAAUCAAGAACCACUCGCCGGAAAAUCAAGAAAGAUGCCCAGAUUUGAAUUUGGAGUUAAGAAUUGGAAUAGGCCCAGCACAAGAACAAAACAACGCCAUGUCAUCAUCGUACAUACCACAUCAGCAACAGUCAGUUGAGUAUCACCGUCAGAAACUGGUGACCGGCGGGAGAACUUCCGGCGGUGCUAUUAUAUGUUUUGCGUGCAGUAUGGGUAUACAGAAUAGUAAGGAAUGCAGUUGUACAAGUAGCUUGAGUGGUACAAGUAGUAACAGCACUGGUUAUGGUUAUGAUUUCUUGGGUAUGAAAAAUGUUGGCUUGGACUACAGAAGUUUGGAGAUGAAAUGAUUUUUUUUUUAAUUGGGUAAUUUUUUUUUAACUAAAAUAUUUUGUAUAUGUCUAGACUUUUUUUUAUUGUAUAAUUAUAUUUAUAAUAUAUAAUUAAUAAGUUAAAUCA